GGAGGGCGCGCGCCGAGGCGGCUGCGGCAGUUGCGCGUUGGGAUUGCAGCCGUUCGGUGGGGCCGAAUUCAGCAUACAUUUAAAAUAAAAUGACAACCUCCUGGAGUGACCGGUUACAGAAUGCAGCAGAUAUGCCUGCUAACAUGGAUAAGCAUGCCCUGAAAAAGUAUCGACGAGAAGCAUAUCAUCGGGUGUUUGUGAACCGAAGUUUAGCCAUGGAAAAAAUAAAGUGUUUUGGUUUUGAUAUGGAUUAUACACUUGCAGUAUACAAGUCCCCGGAGUAUGAGUCCCUCGGAUUUGAGCUCACCGUGGAGAGAUUAGUUUCUAUUGGCUAUCCCCAGGAACUGCUCAGCUUUGCGUACGAUUCUACAUUUCCGACCAGGGGACUUGUCUUUGACACACUGUAUGGAAAUCUUUUGAAAGUUGAUGCCUAUGGAAACCUUUUGGUCUGCGCACAUGGAUUUAAUUUCAUAAGGGGACCAGAAACUAGAGAGCAGUACCCAAAUAAGUUUAUCCAACGGGAUGACACUGAAAGAUUUUACAUUCUGAACACACUAUUCAACCUACCAGAGACCUACCUGUUGGCCUGCCUAGUAGAUUUUUUUACUAAUUGUCCCAGAUAUACCAGCUGUGAAACAGGAUUUAAAGAUGGGGACCUCUUCAUGUCCUACCGGAGUAUGUUCCAGGAUGUAAGAGAUGCUGUUGAUUGGGUUCAUUACAAGGGCUCCCUUAAGGAAAAGACAGUUGAAAAUCUUGAGAAGUAUGUAGUCAAAGAUGGAAAACUGCCUUUGCUUCUGAGCCGGAUGAAGGAAGUAGGGAAAGUAUUUCUUGCCACCAACAGCGACUAUAAGUACACAGAUAAAAUUAUGACUUACCUGUUUGAUUUCCCACAUGGCCCCAAGCCUGGGAGCUCCCAUCGACCAUGGCAGUCCUACUUUGACCUGAUUUUGGUGGAUGCACGGAAACCACUCUUUUUUGGAGAAGGCACAGUAUUGCGCCAAGUGGAUACUAAAACUGGCAAGCUGAAAAUUGGCACCUACACCGGCCCCUUACAGCACGGCAUUGUCUACUCAGGAGGUUCAUCUGAUACAAUCUGUGAUCUGUUGGGAGCGAAGGGCAAGGAUAUUUUGUACAUUGGAGAUCACAUUUUUGGGGACAUUUUAAAAUCAAAGAAACGGCAAGGGUGGCGGACUUUCUUGGUGAUCCCGGAGCUUGCACAGGAGCUGCACGUCUGGACUGACAAGAGCUCACUUUUCGAAGAGCUUCAGAGCUUGGAUAUUUUCUUGGCUGAACUCUAUAAGCACCUUGACAGCAGCAGCAAUGAGCGCCCAGAUAUUAGUUCCAUCCAAAGACGUAUUAAGAAAGUGACUCAUGACAUGGACAUGUGCUAUGGGAUGAUGGGAAGCCUGUUCCGUAGCGGCUCCCGGCAGACCCUCUUUGCUAGUCAGGUGAUGCGUUAUGCUGACCUCUAUGCAGCUUCGUUCAUCAACCUGCUAUAUUACCCAUUCAGCUACCUCUUCAGAGCUGCCCACGUCUUGAUGCCUCAUGAAUCAACAGUGGAGCACACGCAUGUAGACAUCAAUGAAAUGGAGUCCCCCCUUGCCACCCGGAACCGCACGUCAGUGGAUUUCAAAGACACCGACUACAAACGGCACCAGUUGACACGGUCCAUCAGUGAGAUUAAACCUCCCAACCUCUUCCCACUGGCCCCUCAGGAAAUUACACACUGCCAUGAUGAAGAUGAUGAUGAGGAGGAGGAGGAGGAAGAAGAGGAAGAAUAAGGAAGAAAACCAAAACUCUAAGCACCCAUUAAACAAGUUCUGGCAGGACUCACAGGAACAGAGGAUGUCCCUGUUUGGGUGCUAGUGGGGGAGGGGGGGACUCCAUCGCAGGUACAUCUGGAAAGUUUCCGAAGGCUUUAAACUAUGCUAAUCAUAGAGAGAUACUUGUUUUAGUUUUGUGUAUCUACAGUCUUUGCAGAUGAUUCAUAAUGGUAAUGAAGAAAGUCAAGUCAGGCUGACCUGCAUGUAGGUGGCCCCCAUCAUGGCUUGUGACACUGUCUCCUUGUCUUUUUACAUUGUUAGUCCACUGUCGUGAUCUGGAUAUACCAAGUGUGGAUGAAGAGUCUGGGGUGGAGCAAGGAGGACAAUGGGAAGAGGGCAUCUGGUGAUGCUGUAAUGUUACCAAGUGUGCCGGCACUCCCAAAUCCAUCUUUUUCAGUGAUUAUACAGUAUUGUGUAUCAGUGGAGAAGCAUAGUGUUUCCAUUAUCAUACGUAGUCAUCUGUUAAGGUCAUUUCCCUUUAUGAGCCUGUGUCCUCAGUGACUGGCCCAGCUGCUGCCUGUCAGUGGCUUUGCAGAAGGUUCUCUGCUUGCUUUAGGACUGGUCUGGUCUAGACUGCAGGGAUUCCAUGAGGCAAAAGUCCUCCUCCAUAUCUACAUUUUUUUGGUUGAUAGCAUAAAUGCUUGUUUGUUAUCCCAGAAAAUACUGUCUUUCUCAUCUGUGAUAAAUCUAUAGAAAGAGUUUCGCUGAAAGAUGACAAAGGAGCAGCCCCCAGAAAAGGAGAGGAGGAACCUCUUUCUUUAGUACAGCAGAACUGCGUAAAACCUGUUAGUGUGGGCUGCAGAAUUGUGUUCAUACUACCCCAUUCCAGCCUUCUCUCCUCCAGGGUUCAUCGGUGUGUUUCAGAGUUGAGCGUUAAACAUUAGAGGGUGGGAAGAGGGCUGUGUAGGCCAGAACCGUAUAAAGCAGAGGGGCACAAUCAGUGUGAAUAAACUCACUUCAGGAUCUCAAAUGAAAUCACUUCUUGUUUUAAACAAGAAUGAAUCAUUACCAUAUACUUUAGAGUAUUAUAACCGCCUCGCCAGGACAGUGAAAGUUGUCACAACAUUUUAAAACAUGGUGUAGACUCUUUAAUCUGCAGGUAUUUUCUUUCAUUCUUAUGGUCAUUGUUCAACAGGGGAGGGUAAUGGUAGAUUAGCUGCUCUAGAAUUCAAUAAAGGUAAUAUUUCUAAUA